AUGUCUCAGUCAGCCAAUCAAGAGGAACCAGUGGCCUACGUCUCAGUCAGCCAAUCAAGAGGAACCAGUGGCCUAUGUCUCAGUCAGCCAAUCAAGAGGAACCAGUGGCCCACGUCCCAGUCAGCCAAUCAAGAGGAACCAGUGGCCUACGUCUCAGUCAGCCAAUCAAGAGGAACCAGUGGCUUACGUCUCAGCCAAUCAAGAGGAACCAGUGGCCCACGUCUCAGCCAAUCAAUCAAGAGGAACCACCUGCCCACCAGUGGCCUACGUCUCAGUCAGCCAAUCAAGAGGAACCAGUGGCCUACGUCUCAGUCAGCCAAUCAAGAGGAACCAGUGGCCCACGUCUCAGUCAGCCAAUCAAGAGGAACCAGUGGCCUACAUCUCAGUCAGCCAAUCAGGAGGAACCAGUGGCCUACAUCUCAGUCAGCCAAUCAGGAGGAACCGGGAGUGGAGCUGCUGCUGGUGUUGUGGGGUCUGGAGGUGUCCCUGUCGUGCCCACGCCACUGCAUCUGCUACACCUCUCCCAGCACCGUCAGCUGCCAGGCGCACAACUUCCUGUCCGUGCCCGAGGGCAUCCCGGAGCACAGCGAGCGCGUCUUCCUGCAGAACAACCGCAUCCAGCGCCUGCUGCGCGGCCACUUCAGCGCCGCCACCGCCAUGCUGUGGCUCUACUCCAACAACAUCUCCUACAUCCAGCCCUCUGCCUUCGCCGGCUUCGCCCGCCUGGAGGAGCUCGACCUGGGGGACAACCCGCACCUGCGCUCCCUCGCCGCAGACACCUUCCAGGGCCUGGGCCGCCUGCACGCCCUGCACCUGUAUCACUGCGGCCUCAUCCACCUGCCCGGGGGCAUCUUCAAGGGGCUGCACAACAUGCAGUACCUACACCUGCAGGAUAAUGAGCUGGAGUUCCUGGAGGAUGAUCUGUUUGUGGACCUGCUGAACCUAAGCCACCUCUUCCUGCACGGGAACCGUCUGUGGAGCCUCCACCAGAACACGUUCCGCGGCCUGGGCGCCCUGGACCGCCUCCUGCUCCACCAGAACCGGCUCCAGUGGGUCGACCGGCUGGCCUUCCACGACCUGGGGCGCCUCACCACGCUCUACCUGUUCAACAACUCGCUGGCGGAGCUGCCCGCCGAGAGCCUGGCGCUGCUGCCCGCCCUGGAGUACCUGCGCGUCAACGCCAACCCCUGGGAGUGCGACUGCAAGGUGCUGCCCCUCUGGGAUUGGUUGACGCGCUUCCGAGGCUCCUCCUCCGCGGCCGUGUGUGUGGCCCCGCCCGAGCUGGCGGGUCGCGACCUCAAGCAGCUGAGGAAGGAGGAGCUGCCGCGCUGUGGGGGCGGGGUGGAGUCACUCAGCCAGGGCAAGGGGGCAGGGGCAGGGGCGGGGGCAGGGGCGGAGGGCGAGGGGGGGCGGCGGCAGCAUCACCUGCUUCCCCCUAAGCGCCACCACCAGCAGCACCAGAACCCCCACCUCCCCCACCAGGACCAGCACGCGCCCCCCUCCUCGCCCUCGCCCCUCCCACGCCCCCCCACCAAACCGGGCCGCCAGAGGAACUGCACCCGGAGGGGGGGCGGGCGGAAAGGCAAAGGGCUGAACGAGGUGACGUCCCCGAAGGGGCCGGGGGGGAAGGGGCAUGACCCCGACGAGAGGCAGGGGGGCAAGGGCGAGCCUUCCACCCCAGCGGGGGCGCCCCCACGCAGGAAGCACAAGUGCCACCCCCGGACUUCUGUGGGCCCCCCCAGCGGGGUGCUGCAGCCCAGCAGUGGGGUCAAAGGUCACGGGGUCAGCAUGGUUCUGAACGCCCUCAGCCUUGCGCUCUCUUUCUGGGCGGUGGUGUUACGCUAA